AUGGCAAGUGGAGUGACAGACAUUCGUGCAGCAACCAUGAUGUUUGAAGGUAAGCACGAGGAAUGCAUUCGUUUGUUGCCGUAUACAAAGGAUGGUCAGAUUGUGGUUCAGUUUUAUGUCUAUAGUGGUGAGUCUGGUAUUCCCAAAGAUUUAAGGAAAGAAGCCCAAACGUUUUUCGAAGAUAUGCAUGUAAAGCUGGAAUGGUCAGAUCUGUAUAACGACAGCGUCAACAUACUGAAUGUUCAACGACUCAAGUAUCCAUUUGGCAAACCCACACCACUGACUGCUUCUCAGGUUGACGAAAUGAAUCAAGUGUUUGAAAACAAGCUUCCUGAACUGUCUAAGCAUCGCAAUGUUACCUAUGUGCAGGCCUCUUUCAAAAUCACAGAUUCCACGCAAACAGAUUAGCCUUGUAUUGCGAUUUAUGUGCUCGGUAAAGGCUUUAUUCCAGUUGGCGAGCUUGCGUUACCAAAUGCUUUUGAGGGUUACCCCGUUGAUGUUGUGAAUGGAUUUUGGAUAAGAGCAGGUAAACGGCCAACAGAGGCAAAAGAGCCAAGCGACGUGCUUUGUUUAGGAGCAAGCAUUGGCGUACAGGGAAAGAAAGCAUUAGGGGACACUAGGUGCUAUUGUGAAAGACGGUAGCACUUAUUAUGCUUUGUCCUGUGAUCAUGUAAUGAACUCAGAAAAGGCAAAGUGUAUUGUUCAUCCUGGACUCAAUGACCACCUAAACUAUCUGAAAUAUUAUCUAGCACAAUAUAAACGUUGUGUAGAUGAUGUAACCGGCUCGGAAACAGAGUGUUCAGUUGAAACCCUUUCAUCGAGUGAGGCACUAGGAAAUAAAUUCGAAGAGUUAAAGCGCAUAAAAAAUAAUCACCUCGAAAGCAGCAACUACACCAGUGCGCAUUUGAAAAGAACUAAAAAGCUUGAGAGAGAUUUUGAAGAAGGGAACAAGCCGCCAAGAAAAAUAGCAGAGUACUUCGUUGGUGUCAAUAAAAAUGUUGUAUAGCCCCAGACUAAUGGCAAGGAAUACUUCAUCGAUGCUGUCAUUGCAAAGUUGCCUGACGUACAAGUAACACGUUUAAAACAAAGCCGGACAGCUAGGUUGAUUGAAAGUGAUAUCAAAAUAAGAGGUGAAUGCGAACCCGAAGAUAUAGCGGCCAUAUCAGAGACCAAUAAACUUUGCAAGAACAAUGGUAAACCGUUAAAUUCUUCGGCUUCAGUAUCAGCAGUACAGCACGAUAGUGUAUGUUGCCGAAAUCAUAUUUAAUGUCUUACCCCAGGCCCCUCAUCUCAUUAAAACUUAUGAUAAAGGCAGAUUAACCUUGUAAAGGUAGAUUACAUCUCUAACAUUAGUUUCAGGAGAUGUGCUCAUGGCCGCGCAGCAUUUAGUGAAAACAGGAGCGGAUCCAGGAUUUUUCUUAGGAGGGGGUGCACCACUAAGGAACUACCAUUUUAACGAUCAUUUCGAUGGCGUUUAACAUAAAUUCUUAAACCUCGUCUCAUGUUUUACUUCAACACCAAUAAACCACAAAGUUUUUUUUUGGCAGAAUACCAGGUGAAUUAAAUAGCCGCAGGUCAUCUCAGGGAAGGGAAAGCGUACCCCCUGCUCCCUGCACCCUCCUCGCCCCCUGAUGCGCCCCUAAAAAGUUAUUGUCGACGCUCAUACAAAAUUAUCUUUUCUUUUUAACAGAUGUGUUGCAAAGUCUUAACCGAGUCUUAACCGAGACCGCAUAUAAGGGAGAAUCCGUUCAAGACCCUUACGACAACAUUUCCAUGGAUCUAGGUGAACUGCCUGUGGCAAGUGGAGUGACAGACAUUCGUGCAGCAACCAUGAUGUUUGAAGGUAAGCACGAAGAAUGCAAUAGUGUGUUGCCAUAUACAAAUGAUGGUCAGAUUGUGGUUCAGUUUUAUGUCUAUAGUGGUGAGUCUGGUAUUCCCAAAGAUUUAAGGAAAGAAGCCCAAACGUUUUUCGAAGAUAUGCAUGUGAAGCUGGAAUGGUCAGAUCUGUAUAACGACAGCGUCAACAUACUGAAUGUUCAACGACUGAAGUAUCAAUUUGAAAAACCCACACCACUGACCGUUUCUUAGGUUAACGAAAUGAAUCAAGUGUUUGAAAACAAGCUUCCUGAACUUUCUAAGCAUCGCAAUGUUACCUACGUGCAGGCCUCUAUCAAAAUCACAGAUUCCACGCAAACAGAUAAGCCUUGUAUUACGAUUGAUGUGCUCGGGAAAGGCUGUAUUCCAUUUGGCGAGCUUGCGUUUCCAAAUGCAUUUGAGGGUAACCCCGUGGAUGUUGUGAAUGGAUUUUGGAUAAGAGCAGGUAAACGACCAACAGAGGCAAAAGAGCCAAGCGACAUGCUUUGUUUAGGAUCAAGCAUUGGCGUACAGGGAAAGAAAGCAUCGGGGACACUAGGUGCUAUUGUGAAAGACGGUAGCACUUAUUGUGCUUUGUCCUGUGAUCUUGUAAUGAACUCAGAAAAGGCAAAGUGUAUUGUUCAUCCUGGACUCAAUGACCACCUAAACUAUCUGAAAUAUUAUCUAGCACAAUACAAACGUUGUGUAGAUGAUGUAACCGGCUCGGAAACAGAGUGUUCAGUUGAAACCCUUUCAUCGAGUGAGGCACAAGGAAAUAGAUUCGAGCAGCUAGAUCGCAUAAAAAAUAAUCAUCCCAAAAGCAGCAACUACACCAGUGCGGAUUUGAAAAGACUUACAAAGUUUGAGAAAGAUUUUGAAGAAGGUAACAAGGCGCCAAGAAAAAUAGGAGAGUACUUCGUUGGUGUCAAUAAGAAUGUUGUAUGGCCCCAGACUAAUGGCAAGGAAUACUUCAUCGAUGCUGUCAUUGCAAAGUUGCCUGACGUACAAGUAACACGUUUAAAACAAAGCCGGACAGCUAGGUUGAUUGAAAGUGAUAUCAAAAUAAGAGGUGAAUGCGAACCCGAAGAUAUAGCGGCCAUAUCAGAGACCAAUAAACUUUGCAAGAACAAUGGUAAACCGUUAAAUUCUUCGGCUUCAGUAUCAGCAGUACAGCACGAUAGUGUAUGUUGCCGAAAUCAUAUUUAAUGUCUUACCCCAGGCCCCUCAUCUCAUUAAAACUUAUGAUAAAGGCAGAUUAACCUUGUAAAGGUAGAUUACAUCUCUAACAUUAGUUUCAGGAGAUGUGCUCAUGGCCGCGCAGCAUUUAGUGAAAACUGGAGCGGAUCCAGGAUUUUUCUUAGGAGGGGGUGCACCACUAAGGAACUACCAUUUUAACGAUCAUUUUGAUGGCGUUUAACAUAAAUUCUUAAACCUCGUCUCAUGUUUUACUUCAACACCAAUAAACCACAAAGUUUUUUUUUGGCAGAAUACCAGGUGAAUUAAAUAGCCGCAGGUCAUCUCAGGGAAGGGAAAGCGUACCCCCUGCUCCCUGCACCCUCCUCGCCCCCUGAUGCGCCCCUAAAAAGUUAUUGUCGACGCUCAUACAAAAUUAUCUUUUCUUUUUAACAGAUGUGUUGCAAAGUCUUAACCGAGUCUUAACCGAGACCGCAUAUAAGGGAGAAUCCGUUCAAGACCCUUACGACAACAUUUCCAUGGAUCUAGGUGAACUGCCUGUGGCAAGUGGAGUGACAGACAUUCGUGCAGCAACCAUGAUGUUUGAAGGUAAGCACGAAGAAUGCAAUAGUGUGUUGCCAUAUACAAAUGAUGGUCAGAUUGUGGUUCAGUUUUAUGUCUAUAGUGGUGAGUCUGGUAUUCCCAAAGAUUUAAGGAAAGAAGCCCAAACGUUUUUCGAAGAUAUGCAUGUGAAGCUGGAAUGGUCAGAUCUGUAUAACGACAGCGUCAACAUACUGAAUGUUCAACGACUGAAGUAUCAAUUUGAAAACCCACACCACUGACCGUUUCUUAGGUUAACGAAAUGAAUCAAGUGUUUGAAAACAAGCUUCCUGAACUUUCUAAGCAUCGCAAUGUUACCUACGUGCAGGCCUCUUUCAAAAUCACAGAUUCCACGCAAACAGAUAAGCCUUGUAUUACGAUUGAUGUGCUCGGGAAAGGCUGUAUUCCAUUUGGCGAGCUUGCGUUUCCAAAUGCAUUUGAGGGUAACCCCGUGGAUGUUGUGAAUGGAUUUUGGAUAAGAGCAGGUAAACGACCAACAGAGGCAAAGAGCCAAGCGACAUGCUUUGUUUAGGAUCAAGCAUUGGCGUACAGGGAAAGAAAGCAUCGGGGACACUAGGUGCUAUUGUGAAAGACGGUAGCACUUAUUGUGCUUUGUCCUGUGAUCUUGUAAUGAACUCAGAAAAGGCAAAGUGUAUUGUUCAUCCUGGACUCAAUGACCACCUAAACUAUCUGAAAUAUUAUCUAGCACAAUACAAACGUUGUGUAGAUGAUGUAACCGGCUCGGAAACAGAGUGUUCAGUUGAAACCCUUUCAUCGAGUGAGGCACAAGGAAAUAGAUUCGAGCAGCUAGAUCGCAUAAAAAAUAAUCAUCCCAAAAGCAGCAACUACACCAGUGCGGAUUUGAAAAGACUUACAAAGUUUGAGAAAGAUUUUGAAGAAGGUAACAAGGCGCCAAGAAAAAUAAGAGAGUACUUCGUUGGUGUCAAUAAGAAUGUUGUAUGGCCCCAGACUAAUGGCAAGGAAUACUUCAUCGAUGCUGCCAUUGCAAAGUUGCCUGACGAAGAAGUAACACGUUUAAAACAAAGCCGGACAGUUAGGUUGAUUGAAAUUGAUAUCAAAAUAAGAGGUGAAUGCGAACCCGAAGAUAUACCGGCCAUAUCAGACAGCAAUAAACUUUGCAAGAAC